CAAGAAGGUAUAAAACCGUAAGCAAUUGCAAGCCUGUAAAGUGCAUUUUCUUCUUUGUUUAAAGUAAUUUAAUUCGGCAUUUUGUUGCCGCCGUUCAAAGUUCUAAGAAAAUCGGCCGAAGAAAUAACGGCAAAACAGUCCAAAAUGUCUCGCAUGCUUCGCGUUGCCAUCGUCCUAUUGGCGUUGGCCAUAGUUGGAAAUGCCGGUUUCGUAAGGGUUCCCUUGCAUAAAGUGCAAUCAGCGCGCGAACAUUUCCGCAGUGUUGACACCGAAAUCAAGCAGCUCCGAUUGAAGUAUGGUGACACGACCGGCCCGGUUCCGGAACCUCUGUCCAACUAUCUUGAUGCGCAAUACUUCGGUGCCAUCUCGAUUGGUACGCCGCCGCAAAGCUUUAAGGUGGUAUUCGACACGGGAUCGUCCAACCUGUGGGUGCCUUCUAAACAAUGCUCAUUCACCAACAUCGCCUGCCUCAUGCACAACAAGUAUGACGGCAAAAAGUCGUCCACGUUCGAGAAGAACGGCACGGCUUUCCACAUCCAGUACGGUACCGGCAGUCUCUCGGGAUAUCUGUCCACCGACACUGUGUCCGUUGGCGGGGUUGCCGUUGAAAAACAAACGUUCGCCGAAGCCAUUCAGGAGCCGGGGCUAGUGUUUGUGGCGGCUAAGUUUGAUGGUAUUCUAGGCUUGGCUUACAAAUCGAUCUCAGUAGAUGGUGUCAUGCCCGUUUUCUACAACAUGUUCAACCAAGGCAAAAUCGAUUCCCCGGUUUUCUCGUUUUAUCUGAACCGUGAUCCAAGCGCCUCCGAGGGAGGUGAAAUCAUUUUCGGAGGCUCGGACCCCAAACAUUACACGGGCGAUUUCACGUACUUAAGCGUCGACCGGAAGGCAUACUGGCAGUUCAAGAUGGAUUCGGUGUCCGUUGGUGACAACCAGUUCUGUAACAACGGCUGCGAGGCUAUUGCCGACACCGGCACCAGCCUGAUCGCCGGUCCGGUUGCGGAAGUGACAGCCAUUAACAAAGCCAUCGGUGGCACUCCGAUAUUGAAUGGCGAGUACAUGGUGGAUUGCUCGUUGAUUCCGAACCUACCCAAGAUCACGUUCACUCUAGGCGGCAAGCAGUUUACGCUCGAAGGUGCCGACUAUAUUCUACGCAUAGCUCAGAUGGGUAAGACCAUUUGUCUGUCCGGCUUCAUGGGCAUCGAUAUCCCGCCACCGAACGGACCGCUAUGGAUUUUGGGAGAUGUCUUCAUCGGCAAAUACUACACCGAGUUCGACAUGGGCAAUGAUCGCGUCGGGUUCGCAACCGCCAUAUAAGUAGGGUGUUAAAACCAAAGUAAAUUAGCGAAGCGAUACUACCAAUUCAUCGAUGAUGAAAUUGAUUGGCAAAAGCAGCUUCUCUGUUCAAUUUUGCAAAGUUGAAAGUUUCAAUAAAAUGGUAUAAAAUUUA